AGAGGGACUUUGCAUGCCAAGAUGCAGAGACCAGGAGGGCAAGGGACCGCCUUUUCCAUCGAUUCCCUCAUCGGGACCCCUCAGCCCAGACCGGGACACCUGCUCUACACGGGCUACCCCAUGUUCAUGCCCUACCGACCCCUGGUCAUUCCGCAGGCCUUAUCCCACUCGCCUCUCUCCUCCGGGAUUCCUCCACUCGCUCCGCUCGCCUCCUUCGCCGGCCGCCUCACCAACACAUUCUGUGCCAGUUUAGGCCAAGGCGUACCGUCCAUGGUGGCGCUCACCACCACCGUGCCCAACUUCUCGGACCCGCCGGACACCUUUUACCCGCCACAGGAGCUCCCGGGCCCGCGUCUGAGUGCGGCGGAGCCGGGCGCGAGGAGGCAGGAGAGCCCGCACUCGGACGAGAUGCACAGCCGCGAGAAAAGCUCUGAGUUGAUCAACUUCUCGGAAACUUUUCACACGAUAUCAGGCGAGACCAAACUGUACAGCUCCGACGACGAAAAAGCGGACCUGAAGUCCGCCGAGGCCGCGUGCAGCGACCGGGACGACAGUUCCGCGGACAGCGAGAACGAGAGCUUCUCGGACGGCAACACGUGCGGCCCUCUCUCGCAGAAGGGCAAGCUGAAACUGGGCCCCCACGACACGCUGCCGCCCGGCGCCUCCUCGGCCGGCAAGAGCCGCCGGAGACGAACCGCGUUCACCAGCGAGCAGCUGCUCGAACUGGAGAAGGAGUUCCACUGCAAAAAGUACCUUUCUCUCACCGAACGCUCGCAGAUCGCGCAUGCGCUCAAACUGAGCGAGGUCCAGGUGAAGAUCUGGUUCCAGAACCGCCGCGCCAAGUGGAAACGCAUCAAGGCUGGCAACGUCAACAACCGCUCAGGGGAGCCAGUGAGGAACCCCAAAAUUGUGGUGCCUAUCCCGGUGCACGUCAACAGGUUCGCCGUGAGGAGCCAGCAUCAACAAAUAGAACAAGGCACGCGGCCGUAAACGUGACGUCAGAUCUUCUGAGGAGGAAAAAAAAAAGGAAAGAAAAGAAAAACACUUCAAAACUUCUUCAAGCAUGAAGCACAAACUGGAGUGAGGACUGGACAUAUGCUGUCACUUUUAUUUAUUGAUUUGUGAAUAUGUACAUAAAACAGGACAAAUGGGCACUAUGAGAAGAAUGUGUAAAGUUUUUUUUUUUUUUUUUUUAUGUAUUUAUAUGUCAGGCCAAAACUUUCUGUUAAUUGGUUGCAUGUCAUUUUCUCAUUUAGUUGAGAGUCUGUUGACUCUUUUUGGUUUGUUGUUUUGUACAAGUUGCUUGCAUGUUAGAAGGUUUUGUUUUGGGACAACUUCAUUGGACAGACAAACGAAAACGACCAAAACAAGGGACAAGUGUAAAGUCUAUUGAUCUAAUAAAUCAGUUUAUAUAUCAAAAUUUGAUUCCACUUUGAAUCUUUCAGUCAAGAAGAUCGAAAAACCUUUUUGCA